ACUCCGGAUAAUGUUCCUCGUCGGACCAUCACAGUAUGACCAACAAAAUUUUAGAAACUAGCAUUUUUUGGUAUUAAGCUUUAAAAAACUUACAGUUUUCUCACACUCUUUAAAUAUUUAAUAUUAACGACGAAUGGUUGAGUUUAUUUGUCAUGUACUUGAUUAAGAUAGCGGUGUAUUGUUGUUGAUACGCAGUUGUCUGUCUGUUUGUUUUGGUUUCGUUUCUCCCCUGCAUCCCAGUUUUUAAAAAUGGCAGGACUCGAACCGCUUUUCAACUGCGUGUCAAACUCAAUAACAUGUUCACAAGAUGCUUUGAUUUGUUUUGUACACUGGGAAAUAGUGAAAAGCGGCUAUAAAUGUCUGGGGAUUGGAGAUGAGGCCGGAAAGGAAGAGAAAAAGUCAGAACUUCUUCCUGCCGGUUGGAAUGAGAGCAAAGAGCUGUAUACACUCAGAUACAGAUCAAAUGAUGACAAAUCCAGCUUAUUGCUCAAAGCUUUUACUGUGGACUCGACUCUCAUUUUCAAUUUAAUGGACUCAACAACAGAAAAAGUAACAGACCUCACGCUUAAUGUCAAUGAUUACAUAGAUGAAGCCAAUCUGAGGACAUUUGAAAGCGUGUUUAAGAACACAGAUGAACUCGCGAUAAAGCUGAAGUCCUCGCUUCUGCCUCCUGAAAAGGAAGAGCGACAAGAAAAGAAAGAGAAGAAGAGAGAGAGUGAAAAACCCCAAAACUCAAGAGAUCCUUACAACAACCCUCUUCUAAUACCACACAGAAACCCUCCGACCAGACACCCACCUGAUUGGCCCGACCCCAUGGCUCCAUUCGCAGCAGGAGGGGCAGAUCUUGAUCCCUUUGGUGGAAGGGCAGGAGGAAUGAUUGUUGAUCCAUUGCGUGCUGGGUUUCCUCGCUCAGGGUUUGACCCGUCGUCCGGUAUUCCCGGAGUCCUUCCUCCUGGCGCAGUGCCUCCUGGUGCCCGCUUUGACCCAUUCGGCCCAGUCGGGCGUCACAGACCGGGGCCAGACCCUGAUCACAUGCCUCCACCGGGUUAUGACGACAUGUUCAUGUAGAGAAGAAACACUUUUACAAGCUUUUCUAAACAUUAUUGAUGCACUUUGUGUUUGAAUAAACUUACAUUAUAGGGUUGUGUUGUAGUGAAACAGGAUUUGCUUUUUUUUUUUUGCUACUUACUCAUUAAAUUAAACUUCUUUUCUUCCA